UCGCUCUCGUGCGCGCGCCCGGGCGGCGCCUGCGCAGAGGGCGAGGAACCUGGUGCCCCCGUGUGGUCCCGGCGCCUGCGCGCUGCGGACUCUGGGGCCUCCCGGCCCGAGGGAGAGGAGCAGGGAAGAUGGCGGCUGUGGUGGAGAAUGUCGUGAAGCUCCUUGGGGAGCAGUACUACAAAGAUGCCAUGGAGCAGUGCCACAAUUACAACGCCCGCCUCUGUGCUGAGCGCAGCGUGCGCCUGCCUUUCUUGGACUCACAGACUGGAGUAGCCCAGAGCAAUUGUUACAUCUGGAUGGAAAAGCGACACCGGGGUCCAGGAUUGGCCUCUGGACAGCUGUAUUCCUACCCUGCCCGGCGCUGGCGGAAAAAACGUCGAGCCCACCCCCCUGAGGAUCCACGACUUUCCUUCCCAUCUAUUAAGCCAGACACAGACCAGACCCUGAAGAAGGAGGGGCUGAUCUCUCAGGAUGGCAGUAGUUUAGAGGCUUUGUUGCGCACUGACCCCCUGGAGAAGCGAGGUGCCCCGGAUCCCCGAGUUGAUGAUGACAGCCUGGGCGAGUUUCCUGUGACCAACAGUCGAGCGCGAAAGCGGAUCCUAGAACCAGAUGACUUCCUGGAUGACCUCGAUGAUGAAGACUAUGAAGAAGAUACUCCCAAGCGUCGGGGAAAGGGGAAAUCCAAGAGUAAGGGUGUGGGCAGUGCCCGUAAGAAGCUGGAUGCUUCCAUCCUGGAGGAUCGGGAUAAGCCCUAUGCCUGUGACAAUAGUUUCAAACAAAAGCAUACCUCGAAAGCGCCCCAGAGAGUUUGUGGAAAACGUUACAAGAACCGACCAGGCCUCAGUUACCACUAUGCCCACUCCCAUUUGGCUGAGGAGGAGGGUGAGGACAAGGAAGACUCCCAACCACCCACUCCUGUUUCCCAGAGGUCUGAGGAGCAGAAAUCCAAAAAGGGUCCUGAUGGAUUGGCCUUGCCCAACAACUACUGUGACUUCUGCCUGGGAGACUCAAAGAUUAACAAGAAGACGGGACAGCCCGAGGAGCUGGUGUCCUGUUCUGACUGUGGCCGCUCAGGGCACCCGUCUUGCCUCCAGUUUACCCCCGUGAUGAUGGCAGCAGUGAAGACGUACCGCUGGCAGUGCAUCGAGUGCAAAUGUUGUAACAUCUGCGGCACCUCUGAGAAUGACGACCAGCUGCUCUUCUGUGAUGACUGUGAUCGUGGCUACCACAUGUACUGUCUCACCCCAUCCAUGUCUGAGCCCCCUGAAGGAAGUUGGAGCUGCCACCUGUGUCUGGACCUGUUGAAGGAGAAAGCUUCCAUCUACCAGAACCAGAACUCCUCUUGAUGUGGCCAACCCCUGCUCCCCAACAUAUCUAUGGCUGUUUCUCUCCUCCACUUCAUUUUUCAUACCCACUUGUCCCUUCUUCCUCCUCUCCUUCACAAGUCCAGAGAACCUUGGGGUGGUUGUGCCAGCCUGCCUUUGGCAGCUGCAAGCUGAGGUGGCAGCUCUGACCACCUCUGGCCCCAGGCCCUCAGGGAGAAAGGAGCAACACGCUGCCCCAGGGCAUACCUGUGGGCCUAGUUUCUGCUCUCCGUGAAGUGCAUUCACUCUGCUUGCCUUGGGCCCAGGCCCUGGUGAUCACAGGGUUCAAACAGUGUCCUCCUAGAAAGAGUGGGAGAGCAGCUCACUUCUCUCUCUGUUCUGCCUCCACUCUGGUGUCCAGAGUUUUCCAUUCCCCCAGAGGCGAGCCAGGCCAUGGCCUCUGCCUGAGGCAACUGGGAGAGAACAGGCUGAGGCCACGUCCAGGAGCUUUCCAUGCCCCUGUGCCACUUAGCCUCACCUCUUUCCUCCAGAGUGGCUCUAUGCGGCCCUGUCUUCCUGCUACAUAGGGUUCUUUGCUGAAGUCAGGAUGUUCUCGUUCACCCUCCUGGCUCUGCCCUGUCCCACUCCACCCCACCCCAGGGGGAGUAGCAGCUUCACCUUGUUCUUCCCAGUGCUCUACUGGCUCACUCUCAUGGGUGGUCUCCAGUGACCGAAGCAUUGCCUACCCUUCGAAUUUCUCAUCUUCUGCCUCCCUUCUUACUCCUUUUGGUUUUGUGGGGAGAGGGGAAGGAUCAGGGGGCCAGGCCAGCAGCUCGGGGGCCACAGGGAGAUAGAUAAUGUGCCUGUUUUUUAACAAGACAAAAAAGCCUACCUCCAAAAUCCCCUUUUUGUUCUUCCUGGACCUGGGCAUUCAGCCUCCUGCCCUUAACUGAAUUGGGAGCCUCGGCCACCUGCCCCAUGUAUCCUGGCUCUCAGCUCAUGGGGAAGCCACGUGCACAUCCCUUUCUUCCCUUGCACGCUCGCUAGCAGCUGGUAAGGUCUUUACACCCUAAUUCCUCAAGUUUUCUGCUUAGUGGCACUGACAUUAAGUAGUGGGGGGACAGUCCAUGCCAGGACACCCUGGAGUAGCCUUCGUCCUUGGCCGCGGGCAGGCCCUAAUUCACUGUUGCUUUGGAGUUGAGGUGUCUCUUUUUUCUUUAAUUCCUGUAUUCUAAACAUUAGUAAAAAUAAAUGUUUUUACACAGA